AUGACUCGUGACGUUGCACCAUGCAUUGGCCAUCACAAACCUGCACUGAUCGAGUCCCGCUUUUUCCCAGCUCUCCAGGGCAUCAGUGGGAAGGUGAAUGCAAAUGAUACCACCACUGCCAUUUAUACCAAAGACACACCAAAGGAGAUCAAAUCAAAGAUAUCCAAGCAUGCAUAUUCUGGAGGCCAUCCAACAAUUGAGGAGCACCGCGAGAAAGGGGCAAACCUGGAUGUUGACAUCCCUUCAAGUAUCUGUCCUUCUUUUUGGACGAUGAUGAGAAGCUGGAAACGAUCAGGGGAAGUCAAAGCUGACGUAAUUCAGCUCCUCCAGGAACUCGUUGUUCGACACCAGGCUGCACUCUCCAAUGUCAGAGGAAGUGGUGGACAUGUUCAUGGCUGCCAGGCCUAUGCCAGGAUUGUUUCAGUGGCGUUACCCACCAUUACAUACAGCAUCGAUUUGGUGCGUUUGCUCGGCAGCAGGAUGUGGCAGUUUGUGAGGGCCUUUGGAUGGUUCUUAGGCCAAGUGACACUCUACUGCCGUUCUUUUCCCUCUUAUUUUAUCGGACAGGAAUGGUUUACCAUGUACGCACAUUGA